GAAAAACAAAGGGAUUUAUUAUUAUUACCCUGUAUUUUUUUUUCUUUUUCUUUUUUUUAAUGUGGCCCCGGAGCUCGGCUCUCCCGGUGCCACACUGGGAUCCGCCUGGCAGCCGCCGGGAGCCGCAGCCAAUGUGUUAGGACUUCAGGUGCUUUUUGGCACAAAGCUAGACUGCGACCUCCUACCAUAGCGCUUGGCGUCACCUGCUCUCCCGGCCCUGCCCCGGGGCCGAGGGAUUGCGUCCCGAACCAGGCUUGGGAACCGGCUGCCUCUCAAAUGAACCUCUAGUCUUGCUUUGAAAAAGCCAUUUUGUGUAACUCUUGACUGAAUACUUUCCUAAUACACCUGUUGGGAGGAUCACUGAUACAGUAUGCCAUUUGAGAGGUACUUUUUCUUGACCAAAUACUCUCUUGGUGAUUAGAGAAGAGAGGUGUUUUGUUUUUUUGUUUUUGUUUUCCUGGUCAUUAUGAACAUUGGCUUUUCACCCCUGAAGUAAAAAUGUUGAAAACCGAGUCUUCAGGUGAACGAACCACUCUCAGAAGUGCCUCUCCUCACAGGAAUGCGUAUAGAACUGAGUUCCAGGCGCUGAAAAGUACCUUUGACAAACCCAAAUCAGAUGGGGAACAAAAAACAAAAGAAGGUGAGGGCUCCCAGCAGAGCAGGGGGAGGAAAUAUGGCUCCAAUGUCAACAGAAUUAAAAAUCUAUUUAUGCAGAUGGGUAUGGAACCCAGUGAAAAUGCCGCAGUCAUUGCCAAAACAAGGGGGAAAGGUGGACCUUCAUCUCCACAGAGAAGAAUGAGGCCCAAAGAAUUCCUGGAAAAAACAGAUGGCUCAGUUGUAAAGUUGGAGUCCUCUGUUUCCGAACGAAUUAGUAGAUUUGACACAAUGUACGAUGGCCCUUCAUAUUCUAAGUUCACAGAAACUCGAAAGAUGUUUGAGAGAAGUGUGCAUGAGUCAGGACAAAACAACCGCUAUUCCCCAAAGAAAGAGAAAGCUGGAGGGAAUGAACCUCAGGAUGAAUGGGGUGGUUCCAAGUCCAACAGAGGCAGUACUGACUCCUUGGACAGCCUUAGCUCCCGGACGGAGGCUGUCUCCCCAACUGUGAGUCAACUGAGUGCAGUAUUUGAGAACACCGAUUCCCCCAGUGCCAUGGUUUCUGAGAAGGCUGAAAACGAGUACUCCGUGACUGGGCAUUAUCCCCUGAACCUACCAUCUGUUACUGUUACAAAUCUUGACACCUUCGGUCACCUUAAGGAUUCGAAUUCUUGGUCUCCUCCAAGCAAACACGAUGAUGAUGCAGAGGAUGCUCAGAAGAGUAAUACGAGUCCAGUACCAGACGUGGCUUCGAAAAGUACCUCUCUAGCUUCAGUGCCUGGUGAAGACACACAGCAGGGCAAGGAAGCCGACGACUCCGCAUCUAACCAAGAGACUCCUGACAGAAUUGACAGAGACAUUCCUGAGGAACCCCGUGCUACCGAUAAGGCAAUGCCAGAGUCUGAAAUCCUUUCACCACAAAAUGAACCUUUAGAAGAUGCCGAAGCUAAUGUAGUUGGGAGUGAGGCAGCAAUGCAUCAGAAGAAAGAACUUGCAGGUGGUGAUUUUACCUCUGCUGAUGCUCCUGGAUCCAGUUGUGGAAAGGAAGUACCUGAAGAUUCAAAUAAUUUUGAGAGUUCCCAUGUUUACAUGCACAGUGACUAUAAUGUGUAUAGGGUAAGAUCCAGGUAUAAUUCAGACUGGGGAGAGACAGGCACGGAACCGGGGGAGCAGGAAGAUAGUGAUGAAAACAAUUACUAUCAACCUGAUAUGGAAUACUCGGAAAUUGUUGGACUGCCAGAAGAAGAAGACAUCCCAGCAAAUAGGAAAAUUAAGUUUAGUAGUGCUCCAAUUAAGGUUUUCAGCACAUACUCAAACGAAGACUAUGACAGGAGAAACGAUGAAGUGGACCCCGUGGCUGCUUCUGCCGAGUAUGAACUUGAAAAGCGUGUAGAAAAGCUGGAACUUUUCCCAGUGGAGCUAGAGAAAGAUGAGGAUGGACUUGGUAUAAGCAUUAUUGGAAUGGGUGUCGGAGCAGAUGCCGGACUUGAAAAGCUGGGAAUAUUUGUCAAGACCGUAACGGAAGGUGGUGCUGCCCAGAGGGAUGGCAGUCCUCCACCACAUUAUCUCCUGAUCAGCCUUGAUGAGUGGAGUAUGAAGGAAAGUAGUGAUGUGUCACUUCUGAGGGUACACCAUAAAAGGCAUGUGGCUUCUGCCUUGGUUUUCUGGAUCACCAGCUCUGGAGAAAUCCAGCUACCAUAUCAGACAGCCUUCUGGAGACGCUCACACAGGGAAGAACUGACGCCUGCUAACAGCCAGCACCGAGUUGCCAGCCCUAUGAGGGGGCCACCUUGGAAGGAGAUCCCCCAGCCUCGAUUUGUUAUCGGGCGAGAAAAGCCAGGACAAGUGAGUGAGGUUGCCCAGUUGAUAAGCCAGACGCUGGAACAAGAGAGGCGCCAGAGAGAGCUGCUGGAACAGCACUAUGCCCAGUACGACGCUGACGAUGACGAGACAGGAGAAUAUGCCACCGAUGAAGAGGAGGAUGAGGUAGGACCUGCUCUUCCUGGCGGCGACAUGGCCAUCGAAGUCUUUGAGCUGCCGGAGAAUGAGGACAUGUUUUCCCCGUCAGACUUGGACACAAGCAAGCUCAGUCACAAGUUCAAGGAGUUGCAAAUCAAACAUGCAGUUACAGAAGCAGAGAUUCAAAAAUUGAAGACCAAGCUACAAGCAGCAGAAAAUGAGAAAGUGAGGUGGGAACUAGAAAAAACCCAACUCCAACAGAAUAUAGAAGAGAAUAAAGAGAGAAUGUUGAAGCUGGAGAGCUACUGGAUUGAGGCUCAGACGCUAUGCCACACGGUGAACGAGCACCUCAAAGAGACUCAGAGCCAGUAUCAGGCCUUGGAGAAGAAAUACAACAAGGCAAAGAAAUUGAUCAAGGAUUUUCAACAAAAAGAACUUGAUUUCCUCAAAAGACAGGAAGCAGAAAGAAAGAAAAUAGAAGAUUUGGAAAAAGCUCAUCUUGUGGAAGUUCAAGGUCUGCAAGUACGGAUUAGAGAUUUGGAAGCUGAGGUGUUCAGACUACUGAAGCAAAAUGGGACGCAAGUUAACAAUAACAACAACAUCUUUGAGAGAAGAACAUCUCUUGGUGAAGUCUCUAAAGGAGACACCAUGGAGAACUUGGACGUCAAGCAGACAUCUUGUCAAGAUGGCCUAAGUCAAGACUUGAAUGAGGCAGUCCCUGAGACAGAGCGCCUGGAUUCAAAAGCACUGAAGACCCGAGCCCAGCUCUCUGUGAAGAACAGACGCCAGAGGCCCUCCAGGACAAGACUCUAUGACAGUGUCAGCUCCACGGAUGGGGAAGACAGUCUGGAACGGAAGCCUUCAAACAGUUUCUAUAACCACACGCACAUUACCAAAUCACUUCUGCCCAAGGGUUUGAGAACUUCUCCAGAAUCAGAUUCUGGUGCUCCGUCCCUCACCCCAGCGGCCGGCAGUGUGCCCUUCUCGUCUGACCCCAGAGCUGAAUUCCAAGGACUGCUGCACCCAGAGAAGGAGCCCCCCUCCUCCACGUGGGGAGACACUUCCCUCUCCUCUCCUUCAAAAUCCGACCACGAUACGGAAGAAUCUCCUUGCCACCAUCAAGCCGCCAUCAAGAAAAUGUCACAAGAAAAAGAUGGUGCCAAAGAUCUCAAAUCACUAAGGGCGUCCAGUUCACUGGUGGUGCAAGGAGGAAAAAUUAAGCGCAAGUUUGUGGAUCUGGGGGCACCUUUGCGAAGGAAUUCCAACAAGGGCAAGAAAUGGAAAGAAAAAGAAAAAGAAGCCAAUAGGUUUUCUCCAGGUGGCAGGAUCUUCAGAGGCAGGCUGGAACACUGGAAACUGAAGCCAUCCCCCACAGCCCAGGCCACCACCCGCUCACCAUGCAUGCCUUUCUCGUGGUUUAAUGAAAGCCGAAAAGGAUCCUAUUCCUUCAGAAACCUGCCUUCACCUACAAGUCCCCUUCAGUCUUCUCCUGAAACUCUAAUUUCAGAUAAAAAGGGGUCCAAGAAUUUUACCUUCAACGAUGACUUCAGUCCCAGCAGUACCAGUUCGGCAGACCUGAGUGGCCUAGGAGCAGAACCCAAAACCACAGGGCUCUCCCAGUCCUUAGUGCUGUCGUCAGAUGAGAGCCUGGAUAUGAUAGAUGACGAGAUCCUUGAUGAUGGACAGUCUCCCAAACACAGUCAGUGUCAGAAUCGGGCCGUUCAUGAAUGGAGCGUGCAGCAGGUUUCUCACUGGCUAAUGAGCCUAAAUCUGGAGCAGUAUGUAUCUGAAUUCAGUGCCCAAAACAUCACUGGAGAGCAACUCCUGCAGUUGGAUGGAAAUAAACUUAAGGCUCUGGGAAUGACAUCAUCCCAGGACCGAGCAGUGGUCAAAAAAAAACUGAAGGAAAUGAAGGUAUCUCUAGAGAAGGCUCGGAAGGCCCAAGAGAAAAUGGAAAAGCAAAGAGAAAAGCUGAGGAGGAAGGAACAAGAGCAAAUGCAGAGGAAGUCUAAAAAGACCGAAAAGAUGACAGCUGCCACAGAGGGCGCUGGUGAGCAGUAACACACGCCCUCUGGCAGACGGAUCUCCCCUCUUUCCUGCCCCACUCUCCUCCGGAGGAUGAAGGAACUGAUGGCAGGGGUGACGUGCGCUAGGCGGAUGGGGGAACCACGUGUUGCCUAACUGCAUUUUCUGCAAUAAGAGAAUACAAUUUUAAUGUUCACCUACUGAAAUAAUCCCAAGCCACCUUUGGUUUCUUGCCACACCAAGGAUCUCAUUUGUGAAAGAUGCAAAAUAGCUGUGUUUCUCUAUUACUUACCAUGGGCUUGUUUUGUGUUGGGUGGGUUAUGUUGCUUGGAGAACGAUGUCACCCUGCCCAACAAAAGCACGACACACCCUGGUGUUGUUAGUGGAGGGCCACGACUUUCCAGUCUAGGAAUCCUGAUACUGGGCAAUGGCACACAUCUGCAUGGCGGAGAGCACCGCUCUGCCAUGAGAUCUGGGCUCCAGAAUCUCCCCCUCCGUGUGGGAAAGUUUCCCCCUCAUUUUUGUGUCUGGACGGCGAAGCAACCCCACUGUAGAAAUAGGCGUGCUUGUCAAGUGAUUACAUCCUGUGGCAAAAAGCAAGCAAGUCUUCUGUUUUCUGGGCAUCAGAAAGAGAGAAAAGAAUUAUGGUUAUUUGUUAACCCCAGAAGGAAGCAAAAAGCCUUAAGAAUGCGGAUGUGGGUAUUACCUUGGGGUUCUGAGGGUAACAUUUAUCCUCCAGAUUUAGCUGAACAAAGAAAAAAAUCAGACGUUAGCGCAGUCAUGGGAUAUUGGGAUCCAUUGUUUACUUUGCUGCUGCUGUGUGUUCAGUAUUUCAGCAACACUGACACACAUAACGUAGUUCCUUUUUCCCCCGCAACAAGUUGAACAGGAAAUUGAUUUUUAAGGAAACCAACAUUUUCAGGUUUCCUCUCCUGGGGAACAUUCUGGCUAGUCUUCAGUCUGCCUGUGACACAAUCGGGAACUGGUCACAUAUUUUCUGCUUAAGAUUUCCCAAGUGGACUCAGUUAGUGUUUUAACAAAUGUACUUUUAAGAAAAAUAGAAAUACCAGUUAGAGAAAAUUUAGAUUUGAGUAACAUUCAACCAGAGAAGCAGUUUUAUUGAGCACACGGAAUGUUCCUGUGAAGGAGAGCUGACAGUUACAUUUUAGAGAUGCUUUGAAUGGUUUCUCUGAGCCAUUCUUUCAUUCUUUAGAGAUUUCCACUUUACAGUUAAAGUUUGUUUAAGAGAGUACACAGGAUACAGUCUACCAGUGGAGACAGUUAAUACUUAUUUUAAAGCCAGUAUCAAAGAUUUCAGGAUGUCAUCAGAUUAAUUCAAGUGUAGGAGACUAGGGCAGAAGGAGGAGAAAAUAAAUUCAUCUGGAGAGAUUUCAAA